AUGGUUCUUCCCAGCCGCCAGAAGGUAGACCGCCGCUCCCGCAAGGGCAGCAAGAAGCACCGCCCCGAGAUUAUUGUCGUGGACCUCAAGGACCACGUGCUGGGGCGCGCCGCCGCCAUCGUCGCCAAGCAGCUUCUGCUCGGCAAGAAGAUCACGGCUGUGCGUUGCGAGCAGCUGACAAUCGCAGGGACGGAGAUCCGCAACAAGAUCAAGUACCUGCAGUUCCUCCGCAAGCGGAAGCUGUCAAACCCGAAGCUUGGCCCCUUCCACCACCGCAGCCCCUCUGACAUCUUCCUGCGUACGGUGCGCUCCAUGCUGCCCCGCUACACCAAGCGCGGCCAGAAGGCGCUGCGCCAGCUCGUCGCGUACGAGGGCGUUCCCACGAAUGUUGUGCGCACCGGUGGCCGUGUGGUGAUCCCCAAGGCGCAGCGUCACUACUGCUACCGC